AUGGGCGCAUCAGAAGAAGCACGGCUCAAGGACGCCAUCGACUACAUGAAGGAGGCCGACAAGAACACAGAAAAGAGCUGGUUCAAGAAGCCCGAUUGGGACAUCGCAGCACAAUACUACGAGAAAGCAGGCCAAGCAUUCAAGGCUGGAAAGUCAUAUGACCAGGCUGUUCAGGCGUUCAUCAAGGCGUCCGACGCUAUGAUCCAUGCCACCAGUUACUUCAUGGCUGGACGCGCAUUGGAAAACGGAGGCAACAUCGCGCUUCAGAACUUGGGUCAGCCCGAACGCGCUGCUGAUAUGUACAAGCGUGCCAGUGAGCUUUUUAUGCAGAACAUGACACCCGACCGUGCCGCAGAAAUGUUGGAGAAGAGCGCCAAGGCUAUGGAACCCAUCUCGGUUGACCAGGCGAUUGAACUGUACAUUGGAGCUUGCAACAUCUACGAGGGCGAAGAUCGUGCUCGAUACGCAACCGACACCUUUAAGAGAACCAUCGCCUUGCUCGUCAAACACAAACGAUUUGAGAAGGCGACAGAGAUUUUGCAGCGUUUGGGCAAUGUGCAAAAGGAUACUACCAACAAGAUGGCAUACUACAAAACUCUUUUGAGUAUCAUUAUCGUUCAAUUGGCUGCUGGAGAUGAGGUCGAGGCCGGAAAGAGAUUCCAGGCAUACUGCUCGGUGGAUGGAUUUGUUAAGUCGGAGGAAUCAGCAAUUGCACAUCAGAUGUUGGACGCGUUUGAGCACCGUGAUCAGGGCUACUACAACCACGCUGCAGGACUCCAGCAUGUUGGGUUUUUGGACAAUGAGAUUGCUCGCUUGGCCCGGAGCAUUGUCAUCUCGGACGACUUGGUCUCGGGAGGCGGAUACGUUGAACCUAACCAGCCACCCCAGCAGCAGCAAUUCUACCAACAAGGACCUAACCAGCCUCCUCCCCCAUCUGGACAGUACCAGCAGCAGCAGCAGCAGCAGCAGCCGCCAUUCCAGCCACAGCAGCAGCAAUACGACCGAAAGGACGUCUACCAACCACGCCCUUCUCAGCAGCAAUUUACUCCUCAGCACCAACAACAGUCGAGCGGAGGAUACGACAUUUCGCCACCUGCACCAGGCCCACCCGCAUACUCUGACGAGAGGAGUGAGUCUGAUUGGCGCGCAUUGACCGAGAAGCCUGCGUCAUCUACGAAUUCGCCAGCUCCUCACCAGCCCCAUUUGCAGCCUUCGCAGAUGCACCCUGGCCAGGCACCUUCGCCUUCGCGCCAAGAGCAGCAGCGACAGCAGCCACAGCCUGGUGCUCCUCCCAGCCGUAACUAUUAUGAGGAUGACGAUGAUGAUGGUCUUUUGUAG